UCCGUCUCGGCGAAUCCAGUUAGGAUGGGAAAUUUUGGCGGGCAUUUUGCCCACACGGAGGGUUUCCCCGAAAGGAACCCUAGUAGAAGAGUAAGAAACUCUGAGAAUUGAGAAAGGCAGAAAGAGAGGGAGAGAGAGGGGAAAAAUAGAGUUCAGAGCUCAAAAACCUCUGCGAUUUUAACUCGAUCUUAGCAAAAACUGCUGUCGUUCUCAUAUUUCUUCACCCGAUCUGUAAAUUUGGUGGGGGAGAUAGUAUCAUUGACUUAGAUUGGAUCGGCUAGGGUUUGGAUGACUCGAGCUGCAUUAGAGAAGACGGAGGACGCUAAACCUUUGGAUACAACAUCCAGCAUCUCGCGUACCUGUAGCUGCAAUAUGGACCGUCCCGAAGCUCGAUUCACAAACUUCUGCGAGAUGGGACUAUCAUUGGAUGAGACCACUUGUACGAUAGCUAUGAAGCUGUUUAAAGAAACCAAGCACCUUCUAUUGGCGAAUAGUUCUGCUAUUGGAAAUGGGACGCCUGAUGAAGCAGAAAGGUUUUGGUUUGCAUUUGUUUUAUAUGCUGUGAAAAGGCUAAGCGUGAAUAAUGGAGAUAGUGAGCAACAAGGUUGUGAUGAUAAUGGCUUUACCUUAUGCCAGAUACUAAGAGUUGCAAAGCUGACCAUUGUGGACUUCUUCAGGGAGCUUCCACAUUUUGUUGUCAAGGCUGGUCCCAUUUUGAGAAAUUUAUAUGGUGAAGAUUGGGAAAACAGACUUGAGGCGAAGGAGUUGCAGGCCAAUUUUGUGCACUUGAAUCUUCUUAGCAAGCACUAUGGACGCGCCUACCGGGAUUUCUUCUUGACAAGUGAUGCAAAUGUUGAUAAGCAGUCAUCUGUUGCUAGUUCGUCUGGUUAUGUCUCGGAUUACCAUCGUUUUGGAUGGUUGCUGUUUUUGGCACUUCGUGUACAUGUGUUCAGCCGUUGUAAGGACUUGGUGACUUGCACAAAUGGUUUGGUUUCUGUAUUGGCUAUUUUAAUUAUUCAUGUUCCUGUUCGCUUCAGAAAUUUCAAUAUCAAUGAUUCUCAACGCUUUGUUAAGAAAGACGGGAAAGGUGUGGACAUCAUUUCAUCACUGUGCAACGUUUUUUACACCUCAGAAGAUGAGUUGAGGAAAACAAUGGAAAAGGCCAAUAAUAUAAUAGCAGAUAUUUUGAAGAAAACACCAUUUCCAGCAUCUGAGUGUAAUAGUGAGAACAUGGAGAACAUUGAUACAGAUGGUUUAACAUAUUUUGAGGACCUACUGGAGGACUCGUCCUUGACAUCGAGUUUAGGUAUUUUGGAAAAGGAUUAUGAUGAUGCAAUUCGUAGGAAGGGGGAACUGGAUGAGAGGGUGUUCAUUAAUGAUGAGGACAGCAUACUUGUUUCAGGGAGCUUGUCUGGAGGUGCUGUGAACAUAAGUGGUGUCAAGAGAAAAUUUGAUGCGGUAGCCUCUCCAGCUAAGACAGUUACAAGUCCACUCUCUCCCCAGUGCUCCCCUGGACCUCAUGCAAAUGGUGGUUCUAAUUUCAAGGUGGCUGCUACACCGGUAAGCACAGCAAUGACAACUGCAAAGUGGCUUCGGAGUGUCAUCUCUCCACUUCCAUCAAAACCAUCUGCAGAGCUGCGGCAUUUCCUGUCAUCAUGUGAUCGGGAUGUAACUGAUGAUGUAGUACGCAGGGCACAUAUAAUAUUGCAGGCUAUAUUUCCAAAUGGUGGUCUUGGGGAGCGUUGUGCGACUGGAAAUCUGCAAAGCACAAACCUCAUGGACAACAUCUGGGCAGAACAACGGAAACUUGAAGCACAGAAGUUAUAUUAUAGAGUAUUGGAAGCAAUGUGUAGAGCAGAGGCCCAAAUAUUGCAUGCAACCAAUUUGACCUCUUUGUUAACUAAUGAGAGGUUCCAUCGAUGUAUGCUUGCCUGUUCUGCUGAACUAGUUCUGGCAACACAUAAGACUGUCACAAUGUUGUUUCCUGCCGUGUUGGAGAGGACCGGCAUUACAGCUUUUGAUCUUAGCAAGGUCAUAGAGAGUUUUAUUAGACAUGAGGAAUCCCUCCCAAGAGAACUGAGGCGUCAUCUGAAUUCAUUGGAAGAACGACUUUUGGAGAGCAUGGUAUGGGAAAAGGGUUCCUCAAUGUAUAAUUCUUUGAUGGUGGCAAGACCUAGUCUCUCUGCUGAAAUAAAUCGACUUGGGUUAUUGGCGGAACCAAUGCCAUCUUUAGAUGCAAUUGCCAUGCAUCAUAAUUUUUCUUGUGGAGGGGUUCCACCCAUGCCAUCUUUGCAGAAACAUGAGACUUUACCAGGUCAGCAUGGGGAUAUCAGAUCUCCAAAGAGACUGUGCAUGGAUUAUCGAAGUGUAUUAGUAGAGAGGAAGUCCUUUACAUCCCCAGUCAAGGAUCGCCUCCUGAGUAACCUUAAAUCAAAGCUACCACCGCCCGCUUUGCAGUCUGCAUUUGCUAGCCUUUCUUUAACAUGGGGUUCUACUUGGGGUAUUCAUGUGUGCAGUCCAACACGGCCAAAUCCAGGUGGUGGAGGGGAGACGUGUGCAGAAACUGGAAUCAAUAUAUUCUUUGGCAAGAUAACUAAGUUGGCAGCGGUCAGAAUCAAUGGUAUGGUUGAAAGGCUGCAACUAUCUCAACAGAUCAGGGAGAAUGUGUACUGUCUUUUUCAGCAAAUAUUAAGUCAGCGGACGCCACUAUUUUUUAACCGCCACAUUGACCAAAUCGUACUUUGUUGUUUUUAUGGAGUUGCAAAGAUAUCUCAACUCACCCUGACCUUUAAGGAAAUUAUUCACAACUACAGGAAGCAACCACAAUGUAAACCACAAGUUUUCCGCAGUGUGUUUGUGGAUUGGUCAUCUGCCCGGCGCAAUGGGAGAACGUCACAGGAACAUGUUGAUAUCAUUACAUUUUACAAUGAAAUAUUUAUUCCGGCUGUAAAGCCUCUGUUGGUUGAGCUUGGCCCUGCUGGAACAACUACAAAAAGUAACCGAGUUCCUGAAGUCAACAAUAAUACUGAUGCUCAAUGUCCUGCAUCUCCUAAAGUAUCUCCUUUUCCAAGUCUCCCUGAUAUGUCCCCAAAGAAAGUAUCAGCAGCACAUAAUGUAUACGUCUCUCCGUUGCGAUCAUCAAAGAAGGAUGCUCUAAUCUCACAUAACUCGAAAGGUUACUAUGCUUGCGUUGGAGUGAGUACUCAUGCAUAUCAAAGCCCUUCGAAAGACUUGAGUGCUAUCAAUAACCGCUUGAAUGGGACCCGAAAGCUCAGAGGUACCUUAAACUUCGAUGAUGUUGAUGUCGGCUUGGUUAGUGAUUCUAUGGUGGCCAACAGUCUCUAUCUUCAUAAUGGGAGUUGUGCAUCCUCAUCUGGUGCACCACUGAAAUCUGAGCAACCUGACUCCUAAUUUGAUGGACAGGGUGACCUCGUGUAAAUUCUUAGCGUCUCAUUCUUCCCCCGUUUUAAUCUAUAUAUGUUUCAAACCUGUGAGAUGGGGUAUGGUAUGAGCGGUUUAGUUAUUUUAGGAUGGCCGCCACAAUCCCCGUAUGCUUAUUUAAGGUAGGUAUGGGGCUUUCCGAAAAUGUACUCUGACCGACUAAUUUAAUAAAAUUACACUUGUUUUUAUUUUU